CGCCGCGGGGAGGCGGCGGGGCGGGCGCCCGCCCUCAGCGUCGGCGCGCAGGAGGCCGGCAGGGCCGGUGCUGGGCGCUGCGGCCGCCGCGGCGGCGGGAAGAUGGAUGCGUCGUGCUCGCCGGCUCGGCAUCCUCUCCUGGCCGCGGCACGGACUUCCAAAGCAGCUGACUCCAGGACCUUAAGGAAUGUCACGCAGUAGGUGCUGAAUUAACUGGCACUGGAAGGAACAGAAAAAGAUGGCAGUCCAUAUUUGAAAUAAACACGUGGACUCUUGCUGAUAAGAAAAACCAUGUCAAAAAAAGGACGUAGCAAGGGCGAAAAGCCUGAGGCACUGAUUGUUGCCCUACAGGCUGCCAAUGAGGAACUCAGGACCAAGCUAACAGACAUUCAAAUUGAGCUGCAUCAGGAGAAGUCUAAGGUUGCUAAACUUGAAAGAGAGAAGACACAAGAAACUAAGCGUAUCCGCGAGGUGGAGCAGCGCAAGCAGACGGUGCAGAUCACGGAGCUGAAAGCAAAACUCCAUGAGGAGAAAAUGAAGGAGCUGCAGGCUGUGAGGGAGAACCUCAUCAAACAGCACGAGCAGGAGAUGACGCGGAUGGUGAAAGUCCGAGACAGCGAAAUCCAGCGCCUCAAGUCAGCGCUGUGCGCGCUGCGGGAUGGGAGCAGUGAUAAAGUAAGGACAGCGCUGACUAUUGAGGCUCGUGAAGAGGCCAGAAAACAGUUUGACUCUGAGCGCCUUAAGCUUCUGCAGGAAAUUACUGAACUGAAGUCUGCCAAAAAGCAGGUAGAUGAGGCCCUUAACAACAUGAUCCAAGCUGAUAAGAUCAAGGCAGGGGAUCUUCGGAGUGAGCAUCAGUCCCACCAGGAAGCCAUUUCCAAGAUCAAAUGGGAGAGUGAAAGGGAUAUUCGCCGCCUGAUGGACGAGAUCAAGGCUAAAGACAGGAUCAUAUUUUCCUUGGAGAAAGAACUGGAGACACAGACAGGCUAUGUGCAGAAGCUGCAGCUGCAGAAGGAAGCUCUGGAUGAACAGCUCUUCUUGGCGAAGGAGGCAGAAUGUAACAUGAGCAGUCCCAAGAGAGAGAUCCCAGGAAGGGCCGGAGAUGGUUCGGAGCACUGCAGCAGCCCUGACUUGCGCAGAAACCAGAAGAGGAUAGCAGAGCUGAAUGCCACAAUCCGGAAGCUGGAAGACAGGAACACGUUGCUUGUUGAUGAACGAAAUGAACUGUUGAAGCGUGUCCGAGAAGCUGAGAAACAAUGUAAACCUCUUCUGGAAAAGAACAAGUGCCUCACGAAGAGAAAUGAUGAACUUAUGCAGUCUUUGCAGCGCAUGGAAGAUAAACUCAAAGCAGUCACUAAAGAAAAUAUAGAAAUGAGAGAAAAAAUUACAUCACAUCCUCCUCUAAAGAAAUUAAGAUCUCUCAAUGACCUGGAUCAGGCUAAUGAGGAACAAGAAACGGAAUUCUUAAAGCUUCAGGUCAUAGAACAACAGAACAUAAUUGAUGAGUUAACAAGGGACAGGGAGAAACUCAUUCGUCGCAGAAAGCAUAAAAGAAGCUCAAAGCCAAUUAAGAGACAUGUGGUGGAUACAGUUUUUGGGUAUGAUGAUGAUUCCAUGGACUCUGAAACAUCCUCUGUGGCCUCAUAUAGAACAGACAGAACACCAGCAACCCCAGAUGAUGAUCUGGAUGAGGGUUUAGCAGCAGAAGAAUCAGAGCUGCGGUUUCGACAGCUGACAAAGGAGUACCAGGCCCUGCAGAGAGCGUAUGCAUUACUGCAGGAGCAGACAGGAGGCAUCAUAGAUGCUGAAAGAGAAGCCAAGGCUCAGGAGCAGCUCCAAGCUGAAGUCCAGAGAUAUAAAGCCAAAAUAGAAGAUCUGGAGAAAACUUUGGCACAGAAAGGGCAGGACUCACACUGGGUGGAAGACAAACAGCUUUUCAUUAAGAGGAACCAAGAGCUUUUAGACAAGAUAGAGAAACUGGAAACAGAAAACAACCGUCUGCAACAGGAGCUGCAGGAUGCCCGAGACCAGAAUGAGCUGCUGGAGUUCCGCAACCUUGAGCUGGAGGAAAGAGAGAGACGGUCCCCACCAUUUAAUCUCCAGAUUCACCCAUUCUCAGAUGGUGUGAGUGCUCUACAGAUCUACUGCAUGAAGGAAGGGGUUAAGGAUGUCAGCAUCCCAGACCUCAUAAAGCAGUUAGACAUCCUAGGUGAUAAUGGGAAUUUAAGAAAUGAAGAACAAGUGGCCAUAAUUCAGGCUUCCACUGUAUUGUCCUUGGCAGAAAAGUGGAUCCAGCAGAUUGAGGGAGCUGAAGCUGCUCUGCAUCAGAAGAUGAUGGAACUGGAAAGUGAUAUGGAACAAUUUUGCAAAAUAAAAGGUUAUUUGGAGGAAGAAUUAGACUACAGGAAGCAAGCUCUUGACCAAGCAUACAUGAGGAUCCAGGAGCUUGAAGCCACCUUGUACAAUGCUUUGCAGCAAGAAACCGUGAUAAAGUUCGGGGAACUACUCACUGAAAAACAGCAGGAAGAGCUGAGGACAGCUGUAGAAAAGCUAAGACGUCAGAUGCUGAGGAAAAGCAGAGAAUAUGAUUGCCAGAUUCUUCAGGAGAGGAUGGAGCUGCUUCAGCAGGCUCAUCAGAGGAUCCGAGAUUUAGAAGAUAAAACUGACAUCCAAAAGAGACAAAUUAAGGAUCUGGAGGAAAAGUUUCUAUUUCUAUUCUUGUUCUUCUCUCUUGCCUUUAUUCUUUGGCCUUGAUGUCAAUGUGCCUCUUGGAAAGAAUCAUGAGUCCAGGACAAGCAGCCAACCUAGAGGGAGAGUCAAAAAAACCCAAACAACCCCCCCCCCCCCUUGGAUUUAAGGUGCAUCUUGAAAACUCACAGGAAUUGAUAGUGACAUUUGCAAGACCCUGUCUGCAUGAGUUUGAGUUUUUCCCCUUUGCCUAUACUGUUGUCCUUCUUUUAAGUUUAUAUCACAGCUACAAUAAAGUCCUUGUAAAGCAUAUGAGAAAAAACGGGGCAAUAAGAGGUUCAGAAUUUUCUGUAUAUAUAGUUUGCAGCUAUAUUUUCCACCUGUACGGGUAUGGAAUUGGUUUUCUAUUGAGUAUAUGCCUCUGUACACCUACAGAAUUGUUAAGGAGCUCAUACAUCCUAGUCCUACCAAUGCUGGCAGCAACUAAGGUGGAAGAAAUAUAAGAAACUGGGACGUUUCUUAUUUCUUUGAAAAUGUGCCUCAAAAGAUAUACCUUGCUCAGUUUAGGUCACCUUGAUUAAAAAUGCGUUCAUGACACUAAACUACUGAAUAGUUUUUCCUAAUCCCAUCUCUUUUAAGAUGGAGCAUCCAGUGAAGUCUUUGCAGUAGAGCAUGCAUCUUGAGAAAUAAAAAUUAAAAUUUUCAAUAAUAUUAGAACUCAUCAGGAAAUGUUGUCUUCCUGAUUUUUUAAAAUUGUUUUUUGUUUUGGAAAGAACUUUUUUUCGGAAGUUGAAAAAAAAAACCCUCAGUGGUAGAUGCAAAUGCCAAAAAGAUCCACAAAAAAUGCAUAUAAAUAUUUUUUGUUUAUAGAUAUGACAUUUUUCAUUAGAAAGGAAAAACAUUAUUCACAUGAAAAAUUUAAUUUACCUGUAAUUGAACUUAGAUUAGGAAAUCCCUAGUCCCAGGACAAAAAUGUCAAGUGUAUGCUUCCUGAGGCUGUAUGCAUGGUUUUGGUAUGCCAGCGCAGAAGAGAAAGGAAGGCGAACUGAGAAUUGUAGACAUAACAUGGAUGAGUCACUUGGCUUUUCAGGAAUUGCAGGUAUAUACCAGUAUCUUUAGAAAUUAGCAUUUCCCAAAAUAGAAAAAACCCACCUAUUAUUCUGGCAUCAGAAUUCCAGCAGUACUGAUUAACUCUUUGUCUUGGAGCCUGUGAAAAUAUCUUAAAGUGCCCUGGCAGUGUCUGCAUGCUAAGGAAAAAAAACCCUUCAGACUGUAUCUGUGCGCGUGGGUUCCAUGGUGACUUUCAGAUUGCCGUUUUAACAGCCUCACAAUUAGCUCUGCAAUGUAUUCAAAGACAGACUGAAUUCUUUGUUGCAGAGGAGCCAUUCCUUCCCUCUUCCUGAAGCAGAAACGGGAGAGCCACACAUAUAAAAGGACGAGAAUCAGGACCAUCAAAAAAUACAACAAAAUCUCCACAUUUGCUGAUAACACUUAGGCCCUUUUGGCCUAAUUUGGGGCAGGUAUUGGCUGGUUAGAAAAGCUAACGAGGUGCGUAAGGUCAGAACUCUACAUUCCUUCUAAAAUUGUAGCAGAUUUAUUAUUAUUCACUUGCAGUCAUUCUAUCUGCAUGUGGCUGCUGGGUCACAUCUAGCAGAAGCUCUCCGCUAAUUUGAUGCAGUCAUUGCUGGUGCAUUCAUUAAGUAGGACUAAUAGUCAAAAGAAACGUAAGCAUUUUUCUGCCCCCUCUAGGACUGGCAGGACUGUCACAGCUGCAGCGGAACCAGAGCAGCAUCGAGGCCGAUUUCACUGCUGGGUUUGACAAAGUUCCCUCAGGACCGUGUCAAGGCUUCACCUUCCCACCCCUGGCCCAAUCUCCUUCAAUAGGUUUUCUGCUUGUCACCUGAGGUUUAGCAGGUGUAAAUCCCUUUGGCGUAACUUCACUGAGCCCAGGAAGGCUGCUCUAACUACCGCACCAACAUGAGAAGAGUUUUGCUCACUGGAUUCACUGUUGCUCCAUAGGGACUGGCCCCAGGAGUGCACGAGGGUCUAGUUCUGAAUGACUUGUGUCUCUACUCCCCAUAGAGAGGAUGAGAAUCAUCAGAGAGAUCCGAAAUGUGGUUUACAGCCCCUGAGAGCCUGCUGGUGUGUGGUGCCACUCCUAGGACCACCCAGGAGACGAAUGAUUCUUUUGCCACUUUCACAUCCUGCUUUUGUAUAUUUGGCUAUGAAUGUCAGGUAGGGGACAAGAAGAUGGAUUACUGUGAGCUGAACAGCAGAGGAAGUAGCCAUGACAGUGGUGGAGAUAUAGUGAUGCAGAAAAUGGGACAUUGACUAUGAAAAUGGAAGAAUCUUAAGGAUGAGGUGUGUAUGUGGGAUAUAUAAACUUGGUGCUUUUCCAGAGGAUCUGCAUUGCUGUGAACUCCCCUGAACUGCAAAGAGAGUUGCAGCAGGCCCAGGAUCACAGCAAGCAUAUCUGUAGUGUUUUACCCGGGCAAGUCACUCUACAAGUGCAAAGCAUCAAGUCUUGUAGCAAUUCCUUAAAAACAAGGCUAUGGUAAGCAGCUGUUAGCUCCUUGUCCCCUGCCUGAUCCCAGUCUUCGCCCCCUCCAUUUCCCUCCAUGGGAUCCUCACCCCUCAAUACCUGAGGGGAAAUCUCGAGACAGAAGCAAUUUGGGAAUGGUGGUGGCAAGACUGAAAAGGAUUUUAGCAAGGUCAUGUUUUCUGAGUCUGGAGUACAUGGAAUCAGAGAGAAUAACUAGCAUUGGUUUGUGUUUCCCAUUCACUUUAAAAAAAACACCUGCCUACCCAGGUGACUUUGACAUUUGAAGUAACUCACUCAGCAAGCAUGAGCAUGGCAUGGGGAAUGUUCCAUCAGCACUUCUGGUUCUUAGAACUACUGAGAUAUAUAUCAUCAAGGGGAUCUUUGCAAAAUUGCUUUAGUUCCACUGGAUGCAAGUUAACUUUGUUAACCUUAUCAUAAGAGAGUUCAAACAGAUCCUUGAUAAAACAACAACAAAAAAAGCACAAUGCAUCCUUGAAAUGCACCUUGGGAAUCAUUUGAUGAUGAAAGGUAUUUGGUUUUGUUCGUGCCUGCUGCAGUUUAUCCUUUACCAGCCUUUUAACUAGCUUAGAGCAAACCAUGAUGCAAUCGCAGACAAUCCUUUCUGGUUUCUUUCUCUCUCAGAGAGGGCGCAGCACUCAGUGCUGUUCUUUUCAGGUAAGGAAGGACAAGGAUGAAUGAAACCAUGUGCAGCAACAUAUAGUAUCCAGACCAGCAGUCUGUUUAUGUGGGAUUUUCCUACCUGCAUUUCUUCUGUGCUUGUGAAUACACACAUUUGCUUAUUUGUGAUCAUGUAAGGAAGUCUGGUCUGCGUGGAUUUUGCACUCAGUGAAUUUUACCAUGUAGGCUUGAAUGCUGAGAGAACAAAGACAAAAUAUGCCCUUUUUACCCUGGUUUCAAACCUGAGACCCACAGUUCUUUCCCAUAGGUAGGGAAGGCUCCCUCGGAACAGAAGCAGUCUGUGUUUGCCUCACUACUGAAUUAGCCAAAGUUCUGGGGUUGCCCUGACACCACAAGCAUCUCACCUGCUGUCAUCUCUCCUGUCACGGGUGAAUUUUAGGCAGCUUUAGUUGAAGAGUUAUUGAAACUGGUGUGUAACUAUUAAUCCGAAGAUGCCGUAUGGGGAGUUUUAUGGACCGGAGGGCUGUACUUUGUCGGGUUAAGUGGACAGGCUUGGCAAAAUACUCAGAAUUUCCACAAAUGCCUUUCAUAUGGACAGAAACAGUUUAACGCUGAUAACUGUAAGAACAGACCUUUUCAACUUUCUGAUUGAUAGACUGCAUCUUGUCAGCUGGGAUAUGUAGGUAGAGGAACUUAUCACUUAUCUGAUACAGAUUUUUUUUUUUUGUGUUUUGUUUUGUUUUUUUACUUUUAGAGUGCCCGACCACACAGAUAAGUCCUUAUAAAGGCAAAUGCUUCCACCCCCCCGAUGAAGAGAACAUUGUUUACACCUAUUUAAAAAAGUAUAAAAAUGAACAACCUGUAGCCAAGACUGCAACCACCUUGUAUUUUAAAGCCAUCACUCAAGAUUUGUUACUUGACAGUUCCUGUCUAAAGCUAUGAUAUAUGCUGCAUCUAAGGAAAUUCUGUAUGUUGAAAUUACAAAAGGGGAAGAAAAAUAAACUGUGAACCUACAUCACUUAGGAAGAAGAAAGGGAAGGAACCACUUUCAGCUGAUCAAGUCAGUGUGUCUUGGGCAUGGAACCAAAGUUACAACAGAAAAAUCUAUCCCUGCUGUGCAGGGCAAUCGUUUAAAUGUGACACUGUCAUCCCACGAAUGGAUCAAACGUUAACAGGACAGAGCAGGAGAAACACACACAAGCCCGUGGAGAGAUGCUGACAACAAAACAGUCAGUUUGAACUAUCUGGCUUUCUCACUGCAGGGACUCCUUCUCUCCCUCUUUGGUUUUAACCUCAGGAACAAAUGACAGCUGCAUUGUGGGGGGAAGAAAGGAAAAAUGCAUUCUGGCUUAUUGCAGGAUGGGCAGGACAGGGCACCGUUUUGCGCUUGAGAUUGUAACAAAGCACCGCCCUACUCAACAAAGGAAGGGAAGAAGAGGGUGUCUGGCCUAAGGAGGAUUUCUGACAGUUGUAGCCUUGUGUCUCUCCAUACUCUCUCCAUGAAGAACACCCUGUUUAUUGUCAGAUACUCUUCAUACUCUUUAAAGACUGCCAUUAAGAUAGUAAUGACCAUACUUGGUUUUACUAUUUGAAUAAUACACUGAGGAUCACUGGAUUGGACCUACAGAGUAGCUUCUGAGAAAGAAAUGUGUUGGAGGACAGAGGGGGGGGGAAAGCCAAUCCCCUCGUCCAUGUGGUAUGGUCCACAAACCAUCAGCUUCCAACUAUUUUGUCCCAGCUUGGAACAAAUGUUUUGGUUUGGCUUGUCAAAGUAAUUUUGUUAGCUGGCUUCCUGAUCAAUGACACACAAACCAAAAAUGGGGGAAAGCUGUGUGAACACAUCCUUAUUAGAGAAGUAAGAAGAAGUAUCACUAGUCUGUUUAGAUUUUUCUACAGUUAAGAAUAACUAGAAGUAGUUUGCAUUUCAAAGCAUUACUUAUCUCUCUAAUCAAAGCCUGGAACCCAAUCCUGGUGUCUCCCUGAGGCGUCACAGGUCCAUGCCCCCUCUAGUCAGUAAGAAACAAACCCUGAGGAGCGUCAUGCCUGCAGCAAACAUUGCGACUGUCCUGUGCCUGCUGGGAGCAAAGCAGCCAGCUGCAUCAUCUUUCCUUUUCUUACUGAUAUGCUGUAUGAGCUAGGCAUGACAACGCACUUCUCUGUGGCUCUAAUUUCCUUGGAAAUGGAGUUGUGCCUGUCGAGACUUCAGGUUCCUGUGGCAAGGCUCCUUAUUUGAGCUGUGUCUUCCACAACGGAGCCUUGAUUUUAACUGGGAGAAAUGGAUGUCUGUAUUACAAAACAGAAAACUAAGAGCCAGAAUACAGCCUGUGCAUUACUUAAACCUUCAAAACAGGGCUCACAUGUACCAACACCUUAUGCAUGCAGACUCCGCCCAUCAGAAGCUUUCAAAGUGCUCCAGAGAGAGUCUCUCCUUUGUUUGCUUGUUUACUUUCACAGAUAAAGCAACUGAGGCACAAAGCAGUGAAGUAACUUGCCAUAGCAACUCAGCAGGUCAAAAGCAGUUCCUCAGCCAUUGCAGGGAUGAAGUUCCUCUAGUAUCGAGGAUAUUUUUUGGCUAGAAUAGCUUUUAAUCAUUAAUUUCCAUUCACCCAAAUGGAUUGCAAUGCUGGACUCCAUUUCUUCACAAAGUCUCUUAACAUCUUCAUUUCUUGCGUGCCCUGAGAUUGUGUUAAGUCUUCCAUCAAAGGUUAGAAGCUAUUAGCAAGUGAAUUUUUUCCUGGUCCUUAAAAUUAAUUUAAAUUACAGAAUGACCAUGUUUUAUUGAAGUAGUCUGUUUCAGUCAAGAGAAUUACUGAAUUCUGCACCAGCUGUAUGUUUGUUGGUUCAUUAUUUUUAAAAAGCAGGCUUGUAGGCAGAUAUGUUAAAUGAAUACAGGUAUGUUGCAUGCUCUUUGUUCAAAUUCUUUUCCCCCUCACAGAAGAACCCAUGGAUAUGGUUGGCUCAAACCUACAUGUGCUUUCCAAGAGUGCUGCUAGCAAUUCAGUCCUGGAGUCAGGCCCUUUGAGAGUCUUGUCCCACACCUGUGACACCUUCAGAUGACUAAGCAACUUUACAACAUCUUGUUAGCUGCAAAAAGGGGGGUUUCCUCUCUGGUCAUUCCCUCUUCCCCCUCUCACUCUUUUCCCCUGUUGCAGCACCAGUUCGUUUCAUACCACUUGGCUGCAGUGUCCUGCAAGUAAAUAUAGGCUGGAAACUCUUUCCCUAGCAUUAGGGCCAGCAAUUAAAACAUUGAGCUCUUCUUGCAGAAGAAUGACUAGCACCUGUUUUCUGUGAUGGUGCAAUAGCUUCCACCUCUGCUUUGGUUAAAAAAAAUAAGGAGAAUUAGAAAUGUUGGUUUCGGGCAAUCAUAGGGAAGGUUCAUGGCACAUACAGAAAUAUCUAGUUUCAGAAUAUACCGGACUGGUCUUGUGGCAGGCUUCAUCAUUUAGGCCCUCUAGGCUGUGCUGUGCACAUCUUAUUUCAUUUCUCUUUUUCACCUAAUUUCCCCUCCCUUACUCUUACAUAUACAUAUACAUGCAGGUGCUCCAUUUCCAAGGGCUUGGGGUGCGGUGGGGGGUGGUAAACAAUCCACAGCUUAUCUUGGUCUGCAAGCUGUUAAAGGAUUGCUGUAUUCCCUCCAGAGAGCUGGACAAACAGCUGCGUUACUGUCCUUGCAGCAUAAGAUAAGCCAUGCCUAAAACACACUUGCUGAUACGAGUAAUACAAACUUUCUGCUGUCAGCUAGAUCAAGAUGAGUUUGAUGUUUGUGUGUAUAUAUAUACACGUGUCUAUAUAUAGUAUAUAUGUAUAUGUACAUAUAUAUACAUAUAUGCAUAUAUCUAUCUAUUCCCUAUUGUAUAUAGUAAAUUGUUGCUAUAGCUUAUGAAAGUAUACUUCCAGUCUAGGUAUGGGGAACUGAGUCUAGACUUGGUUAGCUGCCACAACUGGUACACUCCUCAUGGCUUAGUUUGACAUCUCAUGGGCAACUGGGUUUUGGAUCUGUUUUUCUGGGGUCACCUCCCUCUCUGUCCUGAAGCUGUUUAUCCAUGGCUUUCUGCUGUUCCUGAUGUGCAUUGAGGCAAAAUAUUGAGAAUCCGCCCAGAAAUCCUCCCUGUCACUGCAGCCAACCUCCCCUCCCCCAAACCAACCAGCAAAAUAAAGAUCAAUUUAUUGCAGCAUUUAAGGACAGCAGACGUAGCCCUGGAUUCCUCCCAUCCAUCCGUCCUAGGCUGUAGCAGGAGCACCAGCACUCCAGGCCACCCAUGCCAUCAAAGCAGUAGAUGAGCCACGUAACGUCAUGCAAGUCAGCUUGACCAAAACCCGACUUGCUGCUCUUUCUUUGCUGACCAAGUCAGGAGAUUUUGAAGACUAUUCUUUCAAUUUAAGCACUUCAGAUGAAGGCCUAGUCAGGUGAGAUUAAUUUAGGCAAUUUGCAGCAGGAAAUAGGGCUUCUUGCAGUAUUAUCAGCCUGGCUCACAGCUCCAUCCUCUCUUGUUGAUGUGCCUGGAGGCCCGUGUAGACUUUUUUGGUAGAUGUGCUUCAUUUUCCAACUCCCUGCCCUCAUCUCAGUGGGAGACAUCCUCUGACCCGCAAAGCUUUCCGUUCCAUGGGGACUGAACAGGCCAGGCUCUCCUCCUCACUAGGGCAAGGUUCAAUAAACAGCCACACAGUUGCUGGUGAUUCAAAGGGUUUUUUCUUUCCCCUGCCCUCCCUCACAUCAGCACCUGUGUGUUUUUAUAUAUACACUUUUUGUUCCCAAUUUUUUUGGUGUCUAUUCCAGAACAGAAUUGUAAAUGACUUGGCAGAAUGACCCUUUGAUAAACACUGGACAUGUAUCUGUACUAUAUGUAUUAACGUGUAGAAGAGAAUCCUUAUUGUAUGUAAAGUUUUAUGAAUGGUUAUUUUUUAAUUUAUGUAUUUAAUAUAGGAUUCAAUGACCUCUGGUGUUUUAGUUUGUAUAAAAAAUAAAACAGC